UCCCGAUCAGCCGAUCAGUACACCAAAACGAGGAAUUUGGGCUCAGGCAAAGCAACGUGAAGACAGCCACAGUAAACUGACGUGCAGACUAACAUGUGAAGGACUAUGGGCUGAUCUCCCAUCUGAAGUUGCGACCGUCGCCUCGCCGCGAUAGAAUGACUGGGUCGUCGCGUGAUCUCUUUGAUCAGUCAUUUGAUGCCCUCUGCAGCAUUCGAGUACUCUAGAAACCCCCAUAUCACGCUGAAUUUCCCUCUGCAGUCUCUCGUUUGCACUUUAUCUGACUACUUAUUUGAUAAGCCGGCCUAGUUGUAGAGGUCCCGCCACUUACCCACCACCAACACCACAACUCACCAUGCACAACGCAGACCCAACCCCAGAUGAUUCCACCCUCUACGUCGUCAAACGAACCGUCCUCGAUCCUCGCAAUCCGUCAGGUCUAACCUCCACGACCACCCUCCCCGCAACACUCACCUCUCUCCCCGCGGCGAAAGCCGAGGCCAAAGCCUUGCUCCCACAAGAGGGCUAUGACACAGACUUUUUCAAAAUCUAUGAAGUCAAGAGCGACCCCGAGAAAUGGAAGUAUGGUGAGGGCGUAAUGGUCUAUGCUGAAGCGCCGUCGGGAGAGGUGUUCAAAGUUGGGAUCGACACGGUGCCGAACCUAGCAGGAUUGAAGGCGGGUGAUCAAGGCAGGGUGUUACAGCCGCUUUAUCAUGUUGUUCAAACCCUGGUGGAGUAUGGCGACGAUAGGUCCGGAACGGAGCGGUAUGCGGUCGUUGAAGGGACGUAUGCGGAUAAGGGUGAGGCCAGAGAACGGGCGCUGAAGGUGCUGCUGGACGAGAACGUUGGGAAAGAGGAUUUUGUGGAGUACGAUGAGUAUGAUGAGGAUGGGGAGCGGCCAUUCGGGGGGGAUGUUGUGGUGCAUGCGGUGAAGGAGGGCGGGGAGAAUAUCUUGGUGUAUAACGCGUCCGUACCAGCACCUUGAAAGGUUGAAAAUGACGUCCUUCGCCUCUUCUUUGCAUAGUUUAUCACUCCUAGCUAUGCUGAGAGCUGUAGCUGUGCAUCUUCAACGCUCUAGAAGGCGAUCAGUUGGUGGUACACCGCCACGAAUACUUCCAGACCUUUCAAGUGCAGCAUGCCGCGGCCCUCGAAACAGCUCCGGCCGGCAAGCAUCCGCGCGCCCUCUUCUCCUGACAGUCUUCCCUUCAAGCCGAAUACGCACACGCUAGACUGCA